GCUAUAUUCUGGCCGCCCAACGUUUUUGGGUCUAGAACAUUCGAUCAACGCGUUCACAAAGUGUACCUGCCGGCCGCGACUUGUUUAAAAGAAUGCCUCCACGUCGGCGUCGUAAUGGAAGACUCUCGUUGGGUUCACAAGGGAGCACCGAGUCAAUCAACGAGAACAGUAUCACCAUGAACCAGGACGCCCUAACGGCGGUGUUGACCACCUUGCAACAGACUCAGAACGAGUUUUGUCAGCAAUUGCUUCGCGAGGUGAGGUCCUCGACUCCGUCCCAGGCCGACGCCACGGCUGCUGCCAUCGCUGCGGCUGCUACGUUCGCUGCAGCUAAUGGUAACUUCGCACAAUGUACGGCGCGUUACAGCGGCAGCAAGGAGGAGCACCUGGAAAGCUUCGUGGAUGCCGUAGAAAGUUACAAGUCGUGCAUGCAUAUUACGGACGAAAAUGCUGUUCGCGGUUUGUCGCUACUGCUUACCAAGGAUGCAGGAGUUUGGUGGCAAGGUGUAAAAUCACAAGUAAGGACGUGGGAAGAUGCGCUCGACAAGCUGCGAAGUGCUUUCGGCGAGCGACGCCCUCCUUUUGUAAUAUACACAGAGCUUUUCUCUUUGGUUCAAGGCGAACAAAAUACGGAGAUUUUUGUUUCGAAAGCCAGAGCAUUGUUAGCUAAGCUGCCACCAGAAGACCUUAGCGAGCGAGUCCAAAUAGAUAUGGUAUUCGGGCUCUUAGACCGCCGUAUAAGAAAAAGAUUAAAAAGAGAAAACAUAGAUACGUUUGAUACAUUGUUGAAACAUUGUCAAAGUAUUGAAGAUUCACGCAAAGAGAAUCAUGUACCCGUUGCGGCAAAGAAGUCGAACGAUCGUGAAAAUUCUACGACAGCGAGCGUUUCGCCGAAUCGCGCAAGGUCGCGCGCCACCGGUACGGGCGGCGUUGCUAAGCAACGCGUUGCGGCCGCCGAAGGUACCUACGCUUCAACGUCGCGUGCGCCGUCUUCUUCCGAUCAGGCUGACGUCAAACCUCGCCGUUUGUAUUGCGUUUACUGUCGUCGCGGCGGGCACAGUAAAGACAAUUGUGAAAGGUUAAAUAAAAGUGAAGAUAGUGAUAAAACUGAUAAGUGCGUAGAAAAUAAGGUCGUUGAAAAAGUGAAGUGUUACGGUUGCGGUGCCCCUAAUGUUAUUCGGUCCAAGUGUCCUAACUGUAACUCUAAAUCGGGGCUGUCGUUUUAUUCGCUCGACGUAGUAUCCUGUCACGUCGACGACGCCGCUAACCCGCGCGAGGGCGGGUCGAGCGGACACGACUCGUCGCAACAUGCAUCACCGCCGCCGCCCGACGCCGCGAAGGCGCGUGCUUGGCACGGUGAAACUCCCGCCGUACGGCUCGGCGAAAGUCCUGCGCGCGCUCACGAGUGUUCGCAAGAGCGCGAUACUUACGCCGCCGGUCGCGGAGCAGCGGCGCGCAUUGCGCGCACGGCAAGCGAUGCGCCGGUGCCAGGGACAAGCGCCGGCGCCGCGCCGAGCGCUAACCCUUCGCCUGCGCACUGUGGAGGAGGUAACCCUACGCCUGCCGUGGGUGAUUUUAGUUACGUACAAGCUUUAUUUUGUAACGAUGAAAAUAAAAGUUUGUUUUGUAAUGAUGAAAGUCAAAGUCUGUCUUGUAGAAAUGUUAACCAAACUUUGUUUUUUAAUAGUGAAAGUCAAGUUUGUGAUAAUAACAUUAAUGUUUGUCAGGUCAAUGUCAAGGCUUCUCCCCGCCCUAUUAUGAUUAUAAAUAUUCUUGGGGCGAGUGGCUCUGCGCUUGUUGAUCCUGCGGCUAAGGCUAGUGUCGCCGGUCACACGUUAUACGCUUUCCUGCGAAGUAAAGGACACCCGUUUGUGUCGUCAACAAUGAGUGUUAGGUUGGCAGACGGUGUUAGUAGGAAUAUGACUGUACUCACCGCGGAGGUGGAGGUGACACUGAAACACAAGACAAGAAAAACUAAUUUUGUGAUUUUUCCUGAUGCCGUUAGUAAUGAGUCUCUCCUGGGGAUAGAUUUCCUUAACCCUUAAAUGCAUAGUGAUGUAUAUAUACAUCACAUGUUUGAUGGCUCGUGGCUCAAUAUUCAGAUAUUUAAUAUAACGUUUAUUACUUUUUUUAAAUAAAUGUGACAUUUACGUAGUAGAUUCUGAACGCAUCCAUAAACUUUUGAUUAUUUUUUUUUCUGUAUUAUCAUAUUUACAAACUUUGGCGCGUAAGUUGCAAAACUGAUCGCCACGAAAUUUUCAAGUUUAAAUUUCAUUAACAAAUAAUUAAAAACAC